AUGAGCCAGUCACCCCCCAACGUCAUACAGCUCCAGUCUGCGGGUUCCCAGAGCACCCUGGCUCCCCUGCCACGGCCACCUGAUGUCCAAAAUCCCCCCUCUCAUUCUUGGGCCUCUCUGUGCGGGCCUCCUCCCUGGGGCCUCAGCUGUCUUCUGGCUCUGCAGCAUAUCUUGGUGUUGGCUUCUCUACUCUGCACCUCCCACCUGCUCUUGCUUCAAAGUCUCCCAGCAGGAGGACUCUCUUUCUCCCCUGCCCAGCUCCUGGCUUCCAGCCUCUUUGCAUGUGGCGUGUCUACCUCCCUGCAAACUUGGAUGGGCAGCAGGCUGCCUCUUGUCCAGGCUCCAUCCUUACAGUUUCUCAUCCCCGCCCUGGUGCUGACCAGUCAGAAGUUACCUCUGGCUCUCCGGACACCUGGAAACUCUUCCCUUGUGCUGCGCCUCUGUGGGAGGCCUGGCUGCCAUGGCUUGGAGCUCUGGAACAGUUCUAUCCGAGAGGUGUCGGGGGCCGUGGUGAUCUCUGGGCUGCUGCAGGCCACUCUGGGGCUGUUGGGGGGUCCUGGCCACUUGUUCCUCCGCUGUGGGCCCCUAGUGCUGGCCCCCAGCCUGGUUGUGGCAGGGCUCUCUGUCUACAGGGAAGUAGCUCUGCUCUGUUUCACUCACUGGGGCCUGGCAUCGCUGCUGAUUGUGCUCAUGGUGGUCUGUUCUCAGCACCUGGGCUCCUGCCUGCUACCCCCACGCCCCUGGAGGCCAGCUUCAACCUCUUCAACCCAUACUCACAUCCUGGCCUUCAGGCUCCUCUCGGUGCUGAUCCCAGUGGCCUGUGUGUGGAUUGUUUCUGCCCUUCUGGGUCUCAGCAUCAUCCCCAGGGAAUUGUCUGCCCCCACCAAGGCACCGUGGUUUUGGCUGCCUCACCCAGCUGAGUGGGACUGGCCCUUGCUGACACCCAGGGCUCUGGCUGCAGGCAUCUCCAUGGCCUUGGCAGCCUCCAUCAGCUCCCUGGGCUGCUACGCCCUCUGUGGCCAGCUGCUGCAUUUGCCUUCUCCACCUCCGCACGCCUGUAGCCGAGGGCUGAGCCUGGAGGGACUGGGCAGUGUGCUGGCUGGGCUGUUGGGAAGCCCCAUGGGCACUGCAUCCAGCUUCCCCAAUGUGGGCACAGUGGGUCUUCUCCAGGCUGGACCUCGGCGAGUGGCCUACUUGGUGGGGCUGUUCUGCGUGGCGCUGGGGCUCUCCCCAAGGCUAGCCCAGUUCCUCACCACCAUCCCGCUGCCUGUGCUUGGUGGGGUGCUGGGCGUGACCCAGGCCGUGGUUCUGUCUACUGGAUUCUCCAGCUUCCACUUGGCUGACAUUGACUCUGGGAGGAAUGUCUUCAUUGUUGGCUUCUCCAUCUUCACGGCCCUGUUGCUGCCGAGGUGGUUUCGGGAAGCUCCGGUCCUACUGAGCACAGGCUGGAGCCCCUUGGAUGUGCUACUGCACUCACUGCUCACAGAGCCCAUCUUCCUGGCGGGACUCUUGGGCUUCCUCCUAGAGAACACCAUUCCUGGCACACGGCUUGAGCGAGGUCUAGGGCAAGGGCUGCCACCUCCUUUCACUGCCCGAGAGGCUCCGAUGCCUCAGAAGUCUAAGGAGAGGGCAGAUCAAGAGUACGAGCUUCCUUUCUCCAUCCAAAACCUGUGUCCCUGCAUUCACCAACCCCUCCGUUGCCUCUGCCCGCUGCCCCAAGACUCUGGGAAUGAGGAAAGAGGGCCCUCUGAGCCUGGAGAGACAGCUGACUUGCUGCCUGACUUUGGGGACCAGUGCCCUCAGCCUAGCAGAGGAGAGUCCCAGUAA